CAGCUGCAAAGCCGAUGUUUGCAGCAGGUCACGACCAUGGUCAUUUAUGCGAGGAGCAAUCAGAUCGCUGCUACCCGCACGUUGUGACUAGACUGCGGCGUGUGCCAUGGCUAUGUUCCUGACCUCUGUUCGCCCGUUCGGCUCGCAUAAUGCUUGGAACAUUAGCGGUGGAUCAAGACUGGGGACUCUGCGGCUGGCUUGAGGAUAGAUCGGGGGGAUGGUGUUGUUAUAAACGUCGGUCACUCGCUGUUUACUUUGCAUAGGUCUCAGGUUGCUCCAUCAAACACAUUCGCUUCAUCAUCUUCCAUUCGUUAUCCAAGAUGCGAUCCUUCCUACUACUCGCUGCGGCGGUUCCUUUCGCUCAAGCCGUUCGCAUCGUUCAGUCAAACGAUGAUGGUUGGUCAGAGGCAAACCUUCGCACCUUUUUCGACGUCUUGAACUCUGCUGGUCAUGAAGUCGUGUUGUCUGGUCCCGCUGAGAACCAGUCUGGCAGAGGAUCCUCCGACGCACCCCCGAAAACCGUUGAUUCAGACGGUUGCAUUCAUGCAUCCUGCCCGGGAGGAAGCCCCCCAACCGGCGCAAACGCGACAGACCCUCGCCUAAACUACGUCAACUCGUUCCCCGUCACUUCGAUCAAGGAGGGAAUCGAUGUCACGGCUCCCAAGCUCUGGAACGGCGCAAAGCCUGAACUCGCCCUGACCGGACCGAACGUCGGCAGCAAUGUUGCUGUUCAGGUUCCCUUUUCUGGCACAGUCGGCGCCGCUGCAUUCGCGGCAAAGACGGCUCAGAUCCCAGCCAUCGCCUUCUCUGGCGUGACAGGAGACCCUACUGCAUGGAACGCACCUACUCCUUUCCACAGCAAGGUCUAUGCUGACCUGGCUUUGAAUGUUACCACGACUAUCAUCAACUCUGGAAAGCCAUACCUCCCAGCGAACUCGUUCCUGAACGUCAACUUCCCCGCUGUAUCCGAGACCAAGUGCAGCGACCCCAGCCAAUUCAAGUACAUCUUCACUCGCAUCAACACUGGUAUUCUGAGCGCUCGCGAUGCCGAAUGGUGCGGUAGCACGCGCCUGCCGUGGGAGGCGGAUGUCAUCUUGAUCCGAGGAAGCGAUUGCUACGUUACCAUCAGCCCUGGCGAUGCAAACGACAAGACUACCAUGAAUGAUGCUGCAGUUCAGACUGAGAUCAUCAACAAGCUCAAGCCGAUCUUAUCAUGCUUGCCUUAGAAUUGGAGAAUGACCAGGAUUGGGCUGGCUGUGCAUGAAGCUUUAUGAUGUACAUAAUACCAAGGAGAAUAACGUCGCUUUCAAGAGUACUUUCCAGUUCGUCCAUCAUAGUGAUGUGACGGUCACAAUGAUCG